CCGGACUGCAGGGUCACCGCGCCCAUCUCUGUUCUCUGAUGGCCGGAUGAGAAGUGCAACUGGAGAAAAGUGUUCCUUGAAGGAAAAGCAACGGGAAGUGGCGGCCGUCGGACUCGCAUUCUGAAUCAAAUUUGUCCCACGGACUUAAAUGAGAAAGAACCGACGCCGCAUUUGAGAUAUCUGGUUGAGAGUUUUCCCAACGCGGCGUUUAAUCCUCGCCUUCUGCAUCGAAUUAUUUGAAAGCUGAACUCAUUAGUGAAGCGCCGCUCCUCCGACUGAGGCUAGUUAGCUUAGCGAGCUAGCUCGUUCUUGUUCGUUGAUGCGUGGAUUUGACAGAAACACGGUGUUUUCUUUCGGUCAAUGCCAUAUAAAGCACGGCCAACUACGACUGAAUACAGAUCCACGUGUGUCCCGGCAGUAGGAGCGAGGAAGAGCUUUAGAAGAAGAAAAUGAGUGAACUGGAUCAGUUACGUCAGGAGGCUGAGCAGCUGAAAAACCAGAUCAGAGAUGCGAGGAAAGCCUGCGCAGAUGCUACACUUUCACAGAUAACAGCCAACAUCGACCCUGUGGGGCGAAUUCAGAUGCGCACAAGGCGAACACUGAGGGGACAUCUGGCCAAGAUCUACGCUAUGCACUGGGGCUCUGACUCCAGGCUGUUGGUCAGUGCAUCCCAGGAUGGAAAACUCAUUAUUUGGGACAGUUAUACUACAAACAAGGUCCAUGCUAUCCCACUGCGUUCAUCCUGGGUGAUGACAUGUGCCUACGCUCCCUCAGGGAACUACGUGGCCUGUGGAGGCCUAGAUAACAUUUGCUCCAUCUACAGCCUGAAGACUCGCGAAGGCAACGUGCGCGUCAGCCGUGAACUGGCUGGACACACAGGAUAUCUGUCCUGCUGCCGCUUUCUUGAUGACAACCAGAUUGUUACAAGUUCUGGUGACACCACCUGUGCUCUCUGGGAUAUAGAGACUGGUCAGCAGACAACCACUUUCACAGGUCACACUGGAGAUGUAAUGAGCCUGUCCCUGGCUCCGGAUUUGAGAACCUUUGUGUCUGGAGCGUGCGAUGCUUCAGCUAAGCUGUGGGACGUGCGCGAGGGCAUGUGCAGACAGACCUUUACUGGCCAUGAGUCUGACAUUAAUGCCAUUUGUUUCUUCCCUAAUGGCAACGCAUUUGCCACUGGCUCCGAUGAUGCCACUUGCCGGCUAUUUGACCUGCGCGCAGAUCAGGAGCUGAUGGUUUACUCCCACGACAACAUCAUUUGUGGCAUCACCUCAGUGGCUUUCUCCAAGAGCGGCCGUUUGCUGCUCGCUGGUUAUGAUGACUUCAACUGCAACGUUUGGGACAGCCUAAAGGCCGACCGUGCAGGUGUGUUGGCUGGCCAUGACAACCGUGUGAGCUGUCUCGGUGUGACUGAUGAUGGCAUGGCUGUUGCUACAGGGUCAUGGGACAGCUUCCUCAAGAUCUGGAACUGAUCUCAGAAGGUGCUUUCUACACAACAUGUCCGACACAAUGUCAUUUGAACUCCAAAGUUGACUGGAAGACCAUUCCAACUUUAGAAUGUUAAAUAUCACAGCAUCGUCAACGACAACAAAACUGACUCAGACACCACCACGAAAAGAAAAAAAGAAAAAAAAAAAAACUUCUUAGGAAAACCAAUGCCUUUCCUACACAAAGAAGAGCACAAUUUGUUCUAUCACCCACUUAAAAAAAAAAGAAGAAUUCCUGUGGUAUCAAAAGAAUAACUUUGUGCAUUCCCUUUCAGACCAUUCUGUGUCAGCCUGACAAACACUAUCAUCCCAUGCUAAUGUAUCAUGUGUCUAGAAAGCAAAUGUUGGAGUGUAAUUGUACAAAUUAUUUAACUUUUAUUUCUUUUUAGUCUUUUAUCGGGCUCUGUUAUUCUUGGAUCUUUUUUUUUCCUUCAUAACAUUCUUUUUAGAUAUGCUCCAGUCUAAAAAACAAACCCUUUUAAUCCUGUAAAAUCGUGGGUGAACGAAAAUAAAAAAUAAGACCUGUAAAAGGCUAAGAUUAGACAUGGAAGGAAUAGCAGCCUUUUCUUUCCUGAAGAUUUUUUAUUAUAAUUUUUUUUUUUAAUGGUGCACUAGAUUGCCCUAAUGUGUGUGUGCGUGUGCGCACGCGUGUGUGUGUGUUGGAGGUGUGCGAGUGUGUGUAAGUAGUCUUCAUGAGCGUGACUUUAGAUGCCAUAAGAGGAAAAAAAAAAUCUCACUUGUCAAGUCAUGAUUCAUUGUCUUGGGCAACAAAGUUGUAGACCCAAGCAGCUUUCAACUCUUUAACUCUUCAUCUUGUUCAAGGGUUGCUGAGCUGUCAGCGAUUACUGGGUAAUAAGAACAGCCUUAGUUUUCUAAAAAUGUAAUAAUCUGUGCAUUAGUUAACUUUUGAUGUGAAUAACGGUCCUUUGUCCUUGAAGAGAAAAGAAAACGCCAUAAAUCCGCCAUAUCUUUUAAGUCUUUUUCCAUUUCUAAGUCUGAGGUACUCGCGUCAUUUAUCUCAAAAUGGCUGCUUGUAAAUACGAGUAUCUGACUUGCACGCGAAUGCAGCAUUAUAUCUUAGCUCCUUUUCUUUCCAGUCUUGUCAGCUUCGUUUGCACAAUAAGAAACUUGACUAAUGUUUUACGCGUUAACUAACCAAGCACAUGCCAUUAAUCGCGUCAAGAGUGAAUUUUAACAAAUAUAAGAAAAAAAAUUCAACCCAGUCCUAUCUUUUACAAGGGUUCAUAAGUUGAACUAACCUCAAAGCUUCUCUUCUGGUUUUACUUUUUGUAUUGGAGUUACUUUGUGCGUUUGUGACUCUUCAGUCCAGGGAUGGUCUAUUAUUGAUGGGGUUAAGCUCGUAGGGCAGGAGACUUUUUAUUUUAAUUCUCUCUCUCUUUCUCUCUCUCUCUCUCUCCUCUUAAAUCCAGUUUCUAAAAACAGAUAUCCCUUUUUGUGCUUGAAAAAUACAGGUAAUAAUCUGUGAAUGAAAUGUUGUACAAAUCAAUGUCUGAAAAUAAUUCUUAAAACUUUAAACUUUUAUUUCAUCUGCCAUGAAGUAACCUAGUCGCAUGCUGUAGAAAUGCUUAAGCAGGUGCUUGUUUCUUUUUGAUCUACUGAUCUCUGCUACGAUGGUAAAAUGUGGUAAGACCUUGUAACAGCUGAAGCUUAAUUCCAGUCAUUUCUCCCACACCGUGUACACGUCGUUUACUUUUACUGGCAAAGCUAUGCACCCAGGUGUAAAACUGAACGAGACCUACUCGUUUCCUGUAGAAUUCCUCUGUCCCUGUGCUCCAGUAAUGAACACCCCCCCCCCUCUCCCCCCCAAUGUAAACGGUUACCAGGACAUCUGUUUUACCUUUUUUUUUUUUUUUUUUGCUGAACUUCAAGUUAAAAGAGGAAUGGGUCCAAAUAAAGUCUGUUCUGGCUUCAUGUAUCUAGAAAAUGGCAUCUGAAAUGGCAGACCCCCUUUCCCCGACCCCUUUCAAACUACCACUGUAAACAGAUGCACUUUCUUUCAUAGUUGUGACUUUUUUUUAUUUUUUUUCUCUUUCUCUCUCUCUGCGAUAAUGUACAAUAAUUGUGAUGUAUUUGUGUGUGCUGCCACCAGUAAAGAUUAAUUGCAGUUCAAUUAAAAUGGAUUCCCCACCUUA